GAAUGGCUGUUUUGUGAGCCUGGGGUGUGACGUCAUCGCUCAAGACGCCACAGGGUAUAAAGCCCAGUGUGUGCAUGUUGUGCGUCUGGUGUCAAGAUGACAGAGGUUCAUUCUGAUUCAUUUCACUUCUCUAUCGGGAUUCUGGGGAUAUCUGGAGGUUCUUUACUGUUGCUGGUGAAGAACUAUGCAAGCUCCCCAGAUCAUCCCUUCAUUACAGACACAGCUUUAGGAAUCCUGCUUCUGCUGUUUGCUGCUCUUCUGGCUUAUGCUGGUGUAUUACGGAUUCAGUCCCACAAAUCCCUCUUAGCUAGUUUGUGCCUGACAGUGUCAGCGCUGUGGUGCGGUUCAGGUUUAAUUCACAUACUAUCAGGCGAGAAUAUCAUCAGAGGCGGAAAUGUGCUGAGAGAUGCCAUGGUGCCAGGCCUUGCUGCUUUUACCCUGGCACUGCUUGUUAUCUGUGUGGUGGGUGUUGUACAGCAUGAGGUCGUCCUGAUGUUCAUUGCUUUGUCCAUAUGUUUAGCGUGUGGCCACCAAAUCGCCGGUCUGGCAGAUUUGACUUUUGGACAGAAGGCCACUGCUGCUUGCUACUUCAUGGUCUGCGUUGUCUGUGCUUACUUUGGAAGCGGGCGUUUGUUGUCUUAUAUCACAGGGAGAAAGGUUCAGCUACCUGGAAUAGGUUUAUUAAACAAAGACAGCAGAAAACCAUUACAGAGCCGAGAGGCGAAUGACGUCGCGGCCAUCGGAAUUAUCAUGAACUUGUUGUCGGCUAGCGUGCUAGCUUGUCCUUUGCUCGGUGUGGUGCCGAAGCUUUUUGCCGGUCAUGUGCCUUGGCUGUGGACCGCUGGUGUCUUUCAACUGGGAGUGUGUGUUAAGAUGUACAGGGCUAUGGAUACUCUUUCAGCCACCUUUUAUGGCUUUACGUCUAUUCUGCGAUUCACCGAGGGUUAUACCGCCCUAGUGGCGGACCAAACAGACCAGGUACCCUAUUCCCUAGUGCCGUUUCCCGUGGUAUUGUCUGUGCUGUUUUUCAUUCUAGCUGUGUUUAACUUGCAAGGAGGAUUAGUAAACACCAUCUACCAACUGUUUUUUGUGGCGUACAGUAUAGCAAUAGCAUGCGAGCCCCAAAGUUUCUUUCAAAGGGGGUCGCAAGGUGUACAAGCAGCUAUCUUUGUUACUUCUGCCAUUGUGCUCUUCAUAACCCUUUACAACAUGGCAUCCACAAACAAGAUACCAACAGGUGCAGGUAUAUUUAAGAAACUGCUGGCCCGCAGCAAUCAGUUCGUCCUACACACCCAUGACAAAGAUCUACACGCUCCCUAUCUAGGCUUUUCUAAAUAUGCAGAUGCUGAAGUGUUGGGCCACGGUUGCAGUGUCCUGGCUGCUUUUUCAAUAUCAGCCUCUGUUUCUAGCGGAAACCCCUUAGCAUUGCUGAUCCUGCCGUGGGCUGUAGUUUCGGGUGGCAUGUUGCACUUGCUGUGUGGUUGUGUGGCCUUUGCUCGGGGCAAGACCUUGGAGAGCACAACUUUCAUCCUUUACGGUGUCAUGUGGACAGUGUGGGGACUGACACGCUUCGGCGGUUUCUACGGCGACGUCCGCGGUUUCCACGUAGCUGUGGGAAUCAUCAGUUUCAUGCUCUUCAAUGUGUUAGUGACGGUCGGGGCCCUGUUUCUCAACAAGGCUUGGUUCAUCUAUGCCUUCACCUUCCAGCUCAUACUUAUCAGCUUCUUACUGGACGCAGUAGGCGCCGUGCCCUACGGCUACGAUAUUGGCGUGACGAUUAUUUUCGGACUGGUCAGUUUCUACAUCUUCUUGGCCAGCAUUUUUAACUGCACCUUCAAAAGUCCACAGCUUCCAUUGGGAGAUCCUUGGAUUAAGCUGAAAGGCUUCGGAGGAGGUAAAGACCUCUGUCCUCACCUUUCAGCAAGGAAGUCCACAUCUGUUGAACAGAUUGCAGAAAUAAUGAAGAAUGGGGGCAUAUGUGGAAUGCCCACAGACACUGUUUACGUUCUUGUGGCAGCUUGCAAUCGUCCACAGGCUGUUGAGAAAGCCUAUAGGGUAAAGAAACAGGCUAAGGAGCGUCCCAUGUCCUUAUGGAUUUCCUCCAUAAAUCAGUUGGAGCCCGUCAGACAACAGAUCAGUCCUCUUCUCUGGGACUUCAUGGAAGCGGCUUGGCCAUCCUCCAUUAGUUUAGUUAUAGCGAGAGCUCCAUGGAUGGAAUUCUUCGGUUUGGGCGAGUCAUCAAAAUAUAUUGGCACGGCACAGAGCAUAGCUAUAAGAAAUCCUGAUUGUACAGUUGCUACACAUCUCAUAAACGCAGUGGGUCCCAUUGCCGUCACAUCCGCCAACCCUACCGGUGAAGCGGACACAACUCAUCAUAACCAGGUUUAUGCGAAACUUGGUGACAAGGUAGAUGGAGUGCUGUGUGACGGGCCAUCACCAGAGAAUAUUGCAUCAACAGUGGUAGACUGUACCAAAAUUGAAAGCGGACAGAUCGGAUUUUUCCGCGUCGGACUGAUUCCUAAAUCCAAGGUUCUUCAGAUCUUUGAGGACAUUCAGAAGCAACAUAGACACGGUCAGACGAACGCAGCUUUUGAGACGGACAUGACAGAUCCUCAGACAGAUGUAUCUGAUAAUAACACAGACUCUGGUUUUGCUCAGAUGACUCCUGCAGACUCACAGAGUUCUUCAGACCUCACUGAACAUGACCAGCAGAUUAAUGAGAACGAGACAGACAAAUGCUGAUAUCAAUGCUAUUCACUGUAAUUAUUCAAUGUGUAAAUGGACUGCAUUGGUCAGGUUGAGCCGGGGAUUGAACCUCCAGACAACAGAUCUCCGAUUUGUAAACAACCUAUAUGAACCACUGAGCCACUGCCGGCCCAAUAUGUGCAUUAUUAUAUAAUGUAUAAUCAGUUUACACAAGCAAACACAAUGGAGCAGAAAACAAUGCAGUUCAUGUUGAUGAAGGAGCAAAUGUCAACUCAGAACUUUGUUAACUAUGUUAACAUUUAUAUCGUAUUUUAUUGUAUACAUUUGGUAGUCCACACAAUACCAAGACAUGUAAAAAGGGGCUCUUUGUAAAUGAUAGUUGUGUUGUUCUUAUUGUUAUACUAGUACAUUUUUAUUAUUUGUUAUUAUAAGAUGACAAUUUGAUGCAUCACGUUGAAAUCAUUUAAAUACAACUGAUUUAUAUUAACAUGUCUUCAUCCACUGAAUCUUGAAUGAAUAAAACAUCAUAUUUGGAGACAUACAGUUUAUGAGCUCCACCAAAGUGCUUUAUAAACAGAUGUGCCCUGUACACUGCUAGGUGUAAGACCCACCCAAGUAACUUUAUAUCAUUUUUGUCCUUUAUCUUAGAGACCUCAAUAAAAAAAAUAUAAAAAUGGCAAAUUGAUACACAGUAGGUUAACUUGGUAAGAUUUACAAACAUUAUUAGAUUAUGGUAAACUAGCGUUGAUCUGGUUGCUUUGAGUUUUAUGUGUAGAGUUUUAAAACUCUCAUACACUUUUAAAUUGAUUCUUCCCCACUGGGGGAAUGAGCUACUGAGUCUUUAUCAAAGAAACUGUUUACUAGCAUUUACAGAUUCCUAUCCUAAAUACUGUAAAAAUGUUAUGUAUACACUAUGCUGGACUAAUCGUUACAGUUUAAUGGAGGCCAGUUAUUGUGUAAGAGUAAACCUCACUGCCAAAGUGAUGCUCUACUGACAGAUGUUAUAGGGGCUGUGGCAUUUAAUUUUAUUUAUUUAUUUACUUACUGAUAUGUAUUUGAUCAUGGGCGGACUGGGACAAAAAAUCGGCCCUGGCAUUUUGGACCGGCACGCCGUUUGAUAACACACAUAUUAUCUUUCGUCUUGGUCUCUUAAAUGUGUAUACAAACCAUGACAUAAAACAAGGUUAAAUCUGA